AUGAAAGAAGAAGAUCAAUACAAAACUGCUUUCGUUACACCAUCAGGAAACUUCGAAUAUAAAGUCAUGCCGUUUGGUCUAGUAAAUGCACCCAGUACAUUUGCUCGUUAUAUGGCUGACCUAUUUCGUGGUAAACCCAAUAUUUGCGUAUAUCUAGAUGAUAAUUUAAUAUUUUCCGAUUCCCUAGAGGAACAUUGGAAACAUCUGGAUGAUGUACUCAGUAUAUUAGCCAAAGAACACCUAUUUGUGAAGAGGAAGAAAUUCCAAUUCACCCAAACACCCGUAGAAUUCCUAGGAUAUAACAUCUCAGAUAAUGCCAUUCGUCCAAUACAGGCCAAAUGCCAGGCAAUCGGAUCUUAUCCGCAGCCAUCCUCCAUCCCUAAGACACAACGUUUUGUAGGCCUCGUUAAUUAUUAUCGCCGCUUUAUUGAACAUUGUGCCGACAUUGCUAAACCCCUAUACGACUACAUUAUCAAGAAAACAAAAUGGUCAACCGAACAGACCCAAGCAUUCAAAAACCUACAAGCCGCCCUGUCUUCUAAACCAGUUAUUGCCACGUUGAAACCCGAUGGUCAAUACCGCCUCACUACAGAUGCUUCGAAGAGCGCCGUUGGUGCAGUCUUAGAAGAAAUUGAUGAUAAAGACCACACCCUUGGUGUUGUCGGAUACUUUUCGAAAAUACUGGAUAAAACUCAGAGCCACUACCCAGCAGGAGAACUAGAGCUACUCGGUAUCAAAUUGGCUCUUGGACACUUUCGCUAUCUACUUCACGGACGUCACUUUGUAUUACGAACCGAUCACAUCUGCCUUUUAGCUAUUGCUAACAAGGAGAAACCAUCAGACAAAAUUAAAGGAUAG